GUGAGACCCAUGACUUGUAGCUCGUUCACUUUUAGCUCUCCUUCCUAGAUAUUAUAUACCUGUUAUAAUGGAAUUCAGACCAACCUUGUUAGCCGCCUUCAGUCUUGCCUUAAUGUUGGAUUUCGUCAAGAGCGAGGAUCCAAUGGAAAAGUACAAGAAAACGAUGGAAGAGGCAUACAAUUUAUCGGUGGCGAUCAACAACAAUUUGAAGAAUUACGAUAGAAAGUUGCGGCCUAAUGCUGGGGGAGAGCCGGUCAUGGUCCAAGUAGAGUUCAAAGUUAUUUCAUUCGGUGAAAUUAAGGAGGUGAACAUGGAGUACAGCAUGGACAUAUUCUUCCGCCAGUGGUGGAAAGAUCCCCGAAUGAGGCAUAAUUCUACUACUCCAUUUAACAUGGCGUUUGACCCAACAAAUGUCUUCUGGACACCGGAUACUUAUUUCUGGAAUGUUAAACAUGCAAAAUAUCACUACGUUACCAGAGAAAACAUGCGGGUCAGAAUUUCUGCAGAUGGAGAGAUAUACUUCAGUACGAGGAUAACGAUUGUGGCUCAAUGUGACAUGGAUCUGCGCCUGUAUCCAAUGGAUACCCAACACUGUGCAUUGAGACUCGAGAGCUAUGCCCACACAGUGGCAGACGUAGACUAUAAGUGGAAAAUUGGUAAAAAUAAAGGGAUCGAGAUUGUCUCCUCAGAGUUGGCUCAGUUUGAUCUUCUUCGCGUUGUGACUGAGAAUAAAGCAAGCACUAAUAGCAAAGGUUCAUUUGCCAAAUUAGUAGCGGUGUUCUCCUUCAGACGUCGUCUUGAUUAUUACAUUUCAUCCGUGUACGUACCGGAAGUCAUCUUGGUAGUGUUGUCAUGGUGCACGUUUUUCAUCACACCCUCAGCUGUUCCGGCAAGAAUAUCUCUCAGUAUCACAACUAUUCUGACCACCAUCCUACUAUCCAGCACCUUAAAUUCAAAUAUUCCAAAGGUCAGUUACAUGAAAGCCGUAGACUACUUUAUGCUAACGUCCUUCGGCUUUAUCUUCACGGCUCUGGUGGAAUAUAUUAUUGUGCUGAACACCCCUGAGGCAUUUUCAGAUAGUUUCAACUGCUUCGAGAAAAAGCAGAAGAAUGAACCAGUUCAAGUUCAGGACGGACCAGAGGAGUUGAUUCUUAAAAUCAAUGCCUCCCCGAAGAUGCUGGACCUGAGCAAGCCCAGGAAACCUCCUGAAACUAAACCGAGCCCUCCCAAGGAUCACUGGGUCGACAAAUGUUCCCGUAUCCUUUUCCCCGCGUUUUACGCUCUCUUCCUCAUGGCAUAUGUCAUACAUUACAAGAGAAAAGAGUGAGGGAAGGCUCCUGGGACUGGUCGUCUAAUGGAAUGUUGUCAGUCCAGGAGUAAUUCGUGGUUAUCUGUCUUCAUAACUAUACGGAGUACUCUUUAAUUAUUUAAACAAAUCAGCAUUACUUUGCAGUCAUAUUCGAAUCUUACAGCUUACAGUCUUCGCGACGUAAAAUGACGCGAAGAAUCAUUACUGCUACGCGAAAGUUUGAAAGUUUGCAUUAUCUGUUCAUAUACAUAUGAUAUGCAAUAUUUAUUUUGGUAGCUGAAUUGAAUUGCGUCGAGGCUUGCGCUCUUGUAUGAAAAACUCAGGUAAAAAUUGUACGUGCUCUGAUGACAAACUGCAGCCUUUGCAAGUGCAAGUGCGACAAUGCUAAUACAGUGUACAAUGAAUAUAUAAUUAUUGUAAUAAAAUGAUUAGAGUAAUAUUACUCCUAUCAAUAAGGAGAAAUGUUCGGGAAAUCGGCCAGAAAAACUUGAAAAUGAUGGUUAUGGCCGCCGUGAAUAGAUUAUGCAAAUUUCAGCUGAUCUUAAUUAGGCGAGAAUGCGACCUUUGGAAUCAACGUAAAAAGAGCUGUCGAAGAUCUUAUUCCUCUCGCAAAGCAACGUUGAAAUCCUCCGUUCGUCUUCAAUCAUAAAUAUCUUAAAUUCAACAACGAACUGCUUCUUUUAAGAGCUUCGAAAAAACCUCUGCCUUUUGGAGAGUGGGAGUUGAAACAAUUUUUUUUUCAGUAGCUUAACAUAUAUUUAACACUAGUCUUGGUUUCUCUCGACAUUCGUAAAACAGCUUUAAGCCCUUCAAUAUAUUGAAGGACCUCUCCCAAAUCAAUAGCUCCAAAAUAAGCAUAUACUCCAUAUACGUAACACUAAAUUUACCUACUGAGUGGGUUUAUGUGUCCAUCGUAAUGAUGCGGUAAGAACCAAAUAAACUAAAUUCAUAUCUGUUAUUAUCGCUGCCCAAACUCUCCUUAUCAUGUUAUCAAUAAGGACUAUUUAAACCAAAUGAUAUUUAAAACUUCAUCAAUCGCAAAUCUACUGACUAUUGUCGUAUUUACAAACCAAGACCGUUGGCUGGCAAAUCAAUUUUUAUUAAUGUCAUGUUUUUUUUUUUGUUAACAUGAUAAGAAUUCGUGCGCUUUUCUUCAACUGAGCAUACUGUAAUAAUUACAUCAGGAAGAAGCCAUCUAUUUAUCAUGAAUACAUAUCUUGAUUAAUGAUUCAUCUUAUAAAGAGUAGAAAGUCUAGGAUAGAUACUUAUUGAAAUUGUUUAUAAAAGGGUUAAAAAGGCAGGAACAAUAAUGUCAAUUCCUUUACUCGA